AUGACACUGGUGGAGGAGGCCAACAAGCUUAAAGCUGAAGGCAAUGCAUAUUUGAAGCAGCAUCAAUUUGAGGAGGCCAUUGAAGCUUAUACCAGGGCGAUAGCACUAGACCCGCGUAACCCCAUAUUUUUCUCCAACCGAGCACAAGUCCACAUCAAGUUGGAAAAUUUCGGAUUGGCGAUCCAGGAUUGCGAUGAUGCUAUAGCAAUUGACCCGGAAUUUAUCAAGGCCUACUACCGGAAAGGGGUUUCGCAAAUGGCGAUUCUUCAAACGAAACAGGCGAGAGACAAUUUCAAGCGUGUUUUGAACCAUUUGCCUAAUGACAAGGCGACUCUAGAUAACUACAACCGGUGCAUUCUGUUGUUGAAAAAGGAAGCGUUCGAAAAAGCUAUAGCUGGCGAAGACCAAGUACUGGUGCUAGACUCGAUAAACUAUGAUAAUAUACAAGUGGAGAAGACUUGGGGUGGGCCCGAGUUGGAGAUCAGGGCCAAGAAAGUUGAUGGUGAAGUUGUUGUCGACUUGCAAGGGGUAGACGUGCUGUAUUUGAAGUACAUGAUCCAGCUUUUCAAAGAUGGCGGGAAAUUGCCCAAGAAACAUGUGUUUGCCAUUGUUGCCAAAGUCACCGAGAUUCUUAAGCGUGAGAGCACAAUGGUUGAAGUAUCGCUAAAUCACACGAAGAAAGCUAUAGUCGAUGAAAUCGUCGGCGGAGACAAGAUCACCAUAGUUGGUGACACCCAUGGCCAGUUUUACGACUUGUUGAACAUCUUUGACAAGUUUGGUCAUGUGUCGCACCACCACCUCUAUCUCUUCAAUGGUGAUUUCGUCGAUCGUGGCUCGUGGGGGUGCGAAGUGGCGCUUUACUUGUACGUGUUGAAGAUUCUUUACCCCAAGGCCGUUUUCAUCAACAGGGGAAACCACGAGACGGUCGACAUGAACCGAACUUAUGGGUUUGCCGACGAAUGCGAUGCUAAAUACUCGAGAAAAGUGUUUGACGCAUUUACGGAGUCGUUUGGUGCGUUGCCGUUGGCGACCUUGGUAAACAAGGAGUAUCUAGUCAUGCAUGGCGGAUUAUUUUCCAAGGAUGACGUGAAAUUGAGCGACAUCAAGGCGUUCAAUAGACUUCCUAAACACGGCUCGACCCAGCCACCGAAGGAAGGUAUUGCCAUGGAGUUGUUGUGGACCGAUCCUCAGGAGACAAAUGGAAGAGCUCCAUCCAAAAGAGGAAUCGGUAUGCAGUUUGGACCCGACAUCACCGAAAGAUUCUGCUUGAACAACAAGAUACGCAAAGUCGUGAGAUCACAUGAAGUGAGAAUGGGCGGAGUUGAAACUGAGCAGAAGGGGAGAUUAAUCACCGUGUUUAGCGCUCCGGACUAUUGCGACUCCACGGGUAACCUAGGUGGUGUUGUGCAUUUGCAAGAAAAUCCCAGCUACGAUCCGGCCAAAGAUGAUGGCGAGGGUUAUAGGAAAGUCGAUGACGACAAUUGUCCAUGGUUGUUGACCACGGAAACAUUUGAAGCUAGUCCGCACCCCAAUAUCAAACCCAUGGCCUAUUCCAAAGGAGGAUUUGGCUUUUGA